GCCACCGUACUUACGGAUGUACUAGCAGUACUGGGCGCGUAUGGUUCGGUUUUGCUAACGCCACCGGCUAACGUUGUUUUGAUUUUUAAAUCUAAAGUGCGGGAGACUGUUUCCGGAACAAUGGAGAAUAUAAACGCUAAGUACGUGUCCCAGAAAAUCAGCAAAACGAGAUGGAAGCCAGUGUCGUAUUCGUCAUUGCAGCAGCCGGACGUGUUUGCCACCGGCUCAUGGGACAACGAGAACAACAAAAUAUCCAUCUGGUCCAUUGGGAAUAAUGGAAGUUCUGGCACGGACGAUGGAUUUGAAGGAGACCCUCAGCUGUUGUGUGAACACAAGCAUGAUGGUGAUGUUCUGGACCUUCAGUUUCUGGACCAAGACAGAAUCGUCACAGCAUCUUCGACUGGAGCAGUCACCAUCUUCCGACACCACCAAAACAGUCAGACAAUAUCAGUUUCUCAGCAGUGGGCGAGAGCACAUCGUUACCCCUGCGACAACGCCCCCUGCACCGGCGUCGUGUGCAGCAGCCCCGAGAUAGUUACGGUCGGCGAAGACGGCAGGAUCAUCGUCUUCAGAGCCGACCAGGAGGGAGUCAAUCGAGUCAUAGAGAACGCAGACAGCAGCACCAUUCAUGCCGUCACCUUCCUGAGGACAACAGAGAUUCUGACUGUGAACUCCAUCGGCCAACUCAAGAUGUGGGACUUCAGACAACAGAGCAACUCGCCAUCGCAGAUUCUUUCCCUGUCGGGCGACAGAGUUCCUCUGCACUGUGUGGACAGACAUCCGAACCAACAGCACAUUGUGGCCACAGGAGGCCAGGACGGCAUGCUCUGCGUCUGGGACGUGAGGCAGGGCAGCACUCCCUUCUCACUCAUGGAGGCGCACUCUGCUGAAAUGUGGGAAGUCCACUUCCACCCAACCAACCCGGACCACCUGUUCACAUGCUCGGAGGAUGGCUCGCUGCUGCACUGGGAGACGUCCUCGCAGUCAGAGAUGCCCUCCUUCCUACAAGGUGGCAGGAACAACAGCAUGAUGUCCCGCAGCGCGAUGGCUCCGGUUGGAGGGAACCAGUCCCUAAUCAGUGCCUGGCUGAGCGGAGACUCCAGUAAAGGCCGCCUGGAGACAUCCCACAUGCUGCCCAGCCAGACACUGUCGGUCAACAGCUUGGACGUACUGGGACAGUGUCUCGUCUGCGGCACCGACGGAGAGGCCAUCUUUGUCAACAGACAGAUCCCGGUUUAAAAAGAAUCACGAGUGCGCAGUACAAGAUGUUUAUCAGUUUCAGUCCCAGCAGAGGUUUUAUUGUGUCUGCUGUGAUCAUACAAGGGGAGCCACAAAUACUUUAUAUUCACAAGAGUGCGUUUUGGCUUUACUUGUGUCUUUCUGUUCUAUGUCAUAUGUUUCAUACAUGUUUUGCAGUUGUUUUGAUGGAUCAUCAUGGGUCAAUAUUUUUUUAAGUCAUUCCUAGCAUGAUGGCAGAGUGUUAGGGCCACUUUGAAGUGGGGGAAAAUGCAGAGGUUUUGAGUCUAACGUCAUAAUAUUACAAAAAUUAAGUUGUAAUUUAUUUUAUUAAUUUCUAGAGGGGUAACAUCAGAAGAUCAGCCUGUAGCCUGCUGUAAAAUGAGGAAUGUGGAGCGUCUUGUUAACUUGUAGCCGACUCAUUACGUUAAGACUUUAUCACUGCACUAAUCUGCCUUUUUUUCCUCAAUAUAUUCCGACCUUAUUCUUGUAAUAUUAUAACUUUCUUCUGAAUUUUGACUUUAUUCUAAAAAAUCUCAUAUUCUUUUCUCAACAUGGCCCCAAUACUCUGCCAUGAAGAAGAUAAUUUUAGCUCUACAGUCCGAUUUUUUUGUAUGGAUGUUGUUGUUAAAACAUUUUUUGCAUACAUAAAAAUAAAAAGUCUGUUCACAAAUUCAAUUAAAAAAUUAGAAGUUAA